GAUGGCUGCCUGCGUCUGAGCUGCUACCUCUGCGCUCACAGAGGGAGAGACUUAACGUUGAUAGAGUAGGAAAAACGUGCGGAGACGAGAGGAGGAGAGGAGGGAAAGGAGAACUUUUCCGAGAGGAGGAAAUACUUGCAACACAUUUCCCCGGGAGGUUUUAAUAUCUGUAUUUUUUGUCGGGACCGAAGUGUUGAUAGUGGACCAUGCCUGCUGAAGUGAAACAGGAGCAGAGCCCCAGUAACGCCACAUCCCUGGCUAUGAUGCAGGAGCCACAGGAGGUGGUGGAGGAGACGGUCACCAUAGAGGAGGACCCCGGCACCCCCACCUCCCACGUCUCGGUGGUCACCUCUGAUGAUGGCACCACACGGCGUACAGAAACAAAGGACUUGUCAUCAAACCUGAAGGUGACUAAGAUGGUGAAGACUGUGACCACACGGACAGUUCGCCAGGUUCCCAUUGGUCCUGAUGGUUUGCCCCUUCCUGAUGGCACUUCCCCUCUUGGCAGCUACACUGACUCCAUCGACCGACGCUACAUGAAGAACGGAGGUAACUUCAUCACUCCCCAAGCGACCUCCACCCUGACACGCAGCUACAACAACUCGUACAACGAUUCCUACGGUGAGGCACCUGAAAGCCAGUAUGUUCGCCACUAUGGCCUCCACGAUGGCUACGCAGAUUUGUCAGACAACUACGGCAGCCUGUCACGUGGCGUCAACUUCCGGCCGCCACGCUACCCCUACAUGCCCAACAGCUACCGGCCAGAGAACAGCUACACACUCCCAAUACGUAAGGACGACUAUGGCCAUGUGGCCCAGCCCCAGGUGCCUAUGGGUAGCAGCACUGUGGAUCUGAACCGCUCACAGCCUGAACGCUUCCAACCUGAGCCGUAUGGCCUGGAGGAUGAUCGCCGCAGCUUGGGACCUGAAGAGGAGGAGCCAUAUGAGCUGGAGCCGGAUUACUCAACUGCCAAUCGUCGCACCCUGCAGGGGGCCAACCGCGGUCGCACCCACCGGGAACCUCUUCGUGAUGGGCCGCGAGUCAGAGGGUACGCGGACGACCCCAUCGAGGCCGAGCUGAUCGAUGAGCGCCACCCGUACAUCCACGGCAUGUAUUCAGCGCCGCUCGCUCAGCCGGAGAGGGGCAGCAUGGCCAGCCUGGACCGCAUGGGAGGCCGGCGCUCACCUUCCAUCGACAGCAUCCGCAAGGACCCUCGCUGGCGUGACCCAGACCUCCCCGAGGUCAUCGCUAUGCUCGGACAUCCAAUCGAUCCAGUCAAAUCCAACGCAGCCGCCUACCUGCAGCACCUGUGCUACGAGAACGACAAGAUCAAGAAGGACGUGCGUCAGCUAAAAGGGAUUCCUGUUUUGGUGGGGCUCCUGGACCAUCCUAAAUCUGAAGUCCACCGCAAGGCCUGUGGGGCCCUGCGCAACAUCUCCUAUGGCAAAGAUAAUGACAACAAGGUGGCCAUCAAGAACUGUGACGGCAUCCCAGCACUCAUCCGCCUGCUGAGGAAGACCAAUGAUAUGGAAGUCAGAGAGCUCAUCACUGGGACUCUGUGGAAUCUGUCAUCUUAUGAGCCCCUCAAGAUGGUGAUCAUCAACCACGGCCUGCAGACCAUGACCAACGAGGUCAUCAUCCCGCACUCGGGCUGGGAGCACGAGCCCAACGAGGACUCGAAGCCACGUGAUGCCGAAUGGACCACCGUCUUUAAGAACACCUCUGGGUGCCUCAGAAAUGUGAGCUCCGAUGGAGCAGAGGCUCGACGCAGACUGAGGGAAUGCGAGGGAUUGGUGGAUGCCCUGCUGCACGCUCUCCAAUCAGCUGUAGGGAAGAAAGACAUGGACAACAAGUCGGUGGAGAACUGUGUUUGUAUCAUGAGGAACCUCUCCUACCACGUCCACAAAGAGGUGCCGGGGGCUGAAAAGUUCCAGGACCCUUCAUCGCUCCAGGCUCCUGGAUCAGCAGGACCACAGAGGAAGAAGAAAGAUGAUGCUGGGUGUUUCGGAGGAAAGAAAGCCAAAGGCAGAAAAAACGGUGAGAACGACAAAAACUACGAUACAUUGGAUCUGCCCAAGCGUGCAGAGCCGUCUAAAGGCUUUGAGCUGCUGUAUCAGCCUGAAGUCGUGCGGCUGUACCUAUCUCUGCUGACUGAGAGCCAGAACUACAACACCCUGGAGGCCGCUGCAGGGGCCCUUCAGAACCUCAGCGCUGGACAGUGGACCUGGUCCAACUACAUCCGAGCCACGGUGCGAAAAGAGAAAGGUCUUCCAAUACUGGUAGAGCUGCUGCGCUCCGACUCUGACAAGGUGGUCCGGGCUGUGGCCAUCGCCCUCCGCAACCUGUCCAUUGACCGCCGCAACAAAGACCUGAUUGGAAGUUACGCCAUGAGAGACUUGGUGAGCAACCUUCCCAGCGGUCAGCAGCGACCAGCCAAAAACUUGGAGGAGGACACAGUGGUUGCCAUCCUCAACACCAUCCAUGAGAUCGUUACCGACAGCUCGGAAAACGCCCGCUCCCUCAUCCAGGCCCAGGCCAUCGAAAAGCUGGUCGCUAUCAACAGGACCAGCCAAUCAGCUCGUGAAACUAAAGCGGCGUCCCACGUGCUGCAGACAGUCUGGAGUUAUAAGGACCUGAGAAACGCUUUGACCAAGGAUGGAUGGAACAAGAGCCACUUCCAGCCCACGGUGACAGCCACCCCAAAAGCUACAAAGAAUGGCAAGCCGGGCUAUGACGACACCACUCUGCCUCUGAUGGAGAAGAACCAAGACGGUUACUCCACCAUUGACCAGAGGGACAAGGAGUGCAAAUACAAGGCAGGCGACGGCUCGGUGGACCUGACAGAACGGGAGCCUUUAAAGAAUGACACAAAUAGGAAACACUAUAUCAGGAGUAACAGGCCUGCGGUCAGUCUGGUGGACGCUUGUGAUGUAAAGCCUCAGCCUGUUGACUCCUGGGUCUAAAUGCAUGCAUGGCUUAAAUAGCGACACUGCAGCUAGAGGAGGAUCUCUCAUAUCACCACUGCCAUUUCACUCAUCUUUGGAGUUGGACUUUGUACAGAAAAAGAGGAUUUAAAAAAGAAAUAUUGAUCACAACAGCGACUACCCAGCAGCAGCCAGCAUCCUCAUGCUUUUCUGAGUUUUUUUAAAAAAGAAUAAAAAGUGACUACUCCUUCUUUCACAUAUCUACAUUCCCACUGGAUAUCAUGUGAAUUUUACAGUGUGACUCUUGUUGAGCUCUAACGGUGACGAGGAACGGACACAGGCCGGUGCUGAUGAAGAAAUGGACUAAAGAAGUUGGGCGAAGGUGAAGGAGGUGGGAAGAGGAACGUGUGUUGGAAGGAAACCUGGAGGAGAUUUUUGGUUUUCACAUGAGGAGAUCAUGCCUCAAGAUUGUGGGUUUUGGAGAAUUUUACUCUCAGUUUGUUCUGGUUUUUAAGUGAGCAGGUAUGGACUGGUGUGUUUGAAAGUUGUUGAAUGUUUGUGUUUUAGACUGAAGGAGAAGAACAGAGCCUGAGAAGAGCUGUAGCGUUAGCAUUAAAUCCCAUCAGCAGCUGCUCUCACUGACUUAUCCAUUUUUGGUUCACUGUGUUUUAUAAAGAGAAAAACUGCACUGAGAUGCUUUGAAAUCAAAAGUGAUUGGUGUUCAUUUUGCAAAAAGAGGAGUCUGCAAGUCGUAGUCUGGAGAGCGGAAAGUGACAUGGUGUGUGCAUCAGAAUGGAAUCACAGUUUCUGUUCACACUGCAUCGCUGAAAAUAGAAACAAGUUUCCCUCACUCAAAGAGCCGCGGUUUUAUUUAAAACCACGCAGGUUGUGUUGAGAUGCGCUUCACAAGUUUCCUGGCUGGUUGCUAUGUGUCAAUGAUGUGUAUUAAAGAGGAUUUAAGGCAUUUUGUUUAUAAAAGAGUUGUGAUUUUGAAAGGAGAGGUGGAGAGCAUAGAUCUAAAAGCGUUUUUUAUUUUUGUUGGGUUUUAUAUAAAUGUAUAUUAGGGUCAAAAGGAAAAAAAAACGGGAAAAUGAAGGAAAAAAUAACAAAAAUUGCAGACUUCUUAGUUGUAUAUUAAUAUCACAUUGUUUGGAAAGCACAUCUCAUUUGAUAAAGGCUCACCAUGUUUGUAAACAACAAAAUAACCACGUAACUUAAAUGUGUGUCAAAUAUUGUCGCCGAUGAUCACCUAUUUAUAUUUUGUAUUUGUCAAAAAAUAACAGAAAUAUCUGCAGUGUUGUCUGGGAGAGAUGGCAGUGUUUAUAAACCCCAUUCAUUUUUCUUCCUGAUGCAUUCAGACCAAGUUAAACCUUCCUUCACAGGAGAAAUCUACAGUCGUGAGCAUGCAGAAAAACUGUACAGAUGUUUAUAUUUUAUUCUUUCCAAGUGCCAGUUUUUUGUGGUGUCAUUUGGAUAUUAACUAAUUCAUUGGAGUGAGGAGGGGAGAGCACGAGGUCGAGUGGAUUUGGAGGUUUAAGACUAAAUAAGAGUUGCAUCGCACUGUAUAAAAACAUCAAGUUUGGUCAUAUAGUAUAUAUUUUUACAACGUUUUAGGGUGUGGAUGCGAUCUAUUACAGCAGAGGGAAACGGAAUCAUAUUGCCAUUUUCUCCCGAGAGAAAGAGAAGCCAAUCCAAGUGGGUAUCACUCAUGCGUCAUCAAGGCGAACGGCAUGUGCCUGCAUUGAAGUCUGAUUUUCUUUGUGACGUAUGUGACUUUAUAAAGCUUGCAUAUUUUACACAGUGUUUACAAAGGUGUACGUUGUGGUAAAAAUUAAUAAACUACAAAAAAAUCUUACUGUAUAAAUUUUAAUUUCAAGAGGUUAAAAAAGUUAUAAUAAUACCCAGCAUCCCUUUUGUGUGUCCUCAGAAGUGUGUGCUUUCAUUGGACGAUACCGAACCCUUUCAACAAAGACCCACAUGACUGUCUGCAGUAACAACCAAAGGAUCUGGAGUCGUAUUUACACACGUUCAUAAAAAUUAAGGGUUUUAUUGUGGAUGUGCAACACAUUGUACAUUUACAAAAUAAGAGCCAAGCGACUGUGCUGUAAAAUAACCGCACGACACGGACACACGACGAAUCAAACGAACCUACCUGUGUAGAUAUAACUGAUUCAAGACCGUCAAAAUAAAGUAACUGUACUACUCAGUAGCAGAUGUGUUUGUACCUAUCAUGUGCCUUAACCUUUUCCAUGGUAGAUAAAAAUAAGUGUGUUUUAUAUAACUUUAUUCCUCCUUUCCACUGUCAUCUCUCCAUCCUGUCUGUCCACCUCCACCCCUCCAGUUCUCCUCCUGUGUCCCCUCCCUCCCUUUUCUCAUUCAUUCAUCCAUCCCGCAUCCUCCCUCACUCUCCCCUCCCAGCCCCGAGUAGUUUAGACUGUUGGUGGGUUUCUGCCUUGUAUUACGUUGUAUUAUAAACUUUUAAAAAGAUAGAGUCAUUCGAAGAAUUGGUUUUGAUUUCCUAGAGGAGUAAAGUUGUUAAUGCUUUCGUAGCGAGCAGAAGCGAUGCCACAGUGACAGAAUGUAUUAUGUUAAUUUUACUAAUACCCAGAGGCAAAUAUUACGCUUGUUAAACAUAACGGAAAAAUACUGGUUUGUAGAGUAUAAAUUUGGUGUGUUUUCAAUAAAUCAU